UCCAAGAAAAUGUGGCACAGGAAAGAUGAGGAGAAGCUCCUUGAAGCAAUAAAUGGCGGUAACUCGCUCUAUUUCGCUAGUUCGGUUAGUCUUGGUGGCAAGUUUGAUGUUCCAAUGUGCGAGAAAAAACUUAUCGAUAUGGAGAACAAGGUUUGGAACGUCGAUGAUGAACAAAAGGUCUGGAAACUUCAAAGUUUGUUCGAUACGCACGCAUCCCAAGUAUCUGUUCAAUUGAGGCGUCCCAUUUCUUGCAUCAGACGUCAUCUUACAGAGAUGAAACAGAGACGUUUCAAACCACUGAACAGUAUAAUAGAGGAAUAUAAAAGACCCAUGUUAAACGAUGAGGAAGAAAAGCGCAAUAUGGAGUUUAAGAAGUUCAUGUCCAAUGAAGAUGACCUCUACAAAAAGUUUUAUCAGGACGUGUUCACUGAUUAUGUAGAUCCGAUUGCUUACGAAGACUUCAUAACCAAGGGUGAGAUAGAGUUCAGGACAAUCUUAUUCAUCCCUGGGAUGGAUGAUGGAUACAAAUCGAAACUUAAAAGCAUCAUUUUCUCUGUGAAACGAGUGCUUACCUUUGAUUAUGAUCUGCUCCCAACCUACUUAAGCUUUGUAAAGGCAGUUGUUGACUCUGAUGGUCCUCUAAAUGUCUCCGGUGAAACUCUCAAAGGGAGCAGAGUAGAAAGCAUUGUGAGAAACAGACUCACUGGAAAAGUGUUUGACCUUCUAGAUGAAAUCUCUGAAAGGGAAGAGAAAAGGGAUUACAAAAACUUGUGGGAGAAAUAUGGCAGCUCCCUUAAAUCAGGGUGCAUUGAGGAUACUGAUAACCGGAAGCGUAUUACACGAUCUGCUCAGGUUCUACUCUUCGAAGAGUAAAGAGGAACUGACAAGCUUAGAUCAGUAUGUUGAGAACAUGGCAGAGAACCAAAAGGGGAUUUACUUUGCAACCUGUAGAAGUUUGAAAAGCGCCACUUUCUCUCCCCAAGGUGUUGAGGUAUUGUACCUGACUGAGUCAAUUGAUGAAGUUUUGGUAGAAAACCUUCAAAGUUAUAGAAAAGUGGUGUUCGUUGAUAUUAGCAAAUAGAGUUUGACAAAGUGGAAGCAGUAGCAAACUUUAUUUAUUCGUUAUUUGCUACCUUUUGUCCUUCUUUUAUUACCAAAAACUGAAUAAGAAUUUGACCUAUUUCUCUGUUUUCUUAUUUUGGAGGUUUUUAUGUCUCUGUUCCCAUU